AUGUUGGAGAGACCAGUGGCAGACAUGUUGGAGAGACCAGUGGCAGACAUGUUGGAGAGACCAGUGGCAGACAUGUUGGAGAGACCAGUGGCAGACAUGUUGGAGAGACCAGUGGCAGACAUGUUGGAGAGACCAGUGGCAGACAUGUUGGAGAGACCACUGGCAGACAUGUUGGAGAGGCUAGGGGCAGACAUGUUGGAGAGACCAGUGGCAGACAUGUUGGAGAGGCUAGGGGCAGACAUGUUGGAGAGACCAGUGGCAGACAUGUUGGAGAGACCAGUGGCAGACAUGUUGGAGAGACCAGUGGCAGACAUGUUGGAGAGACCAGUGGCAGACAUGUUUGACAGACCAGUGGCAGACAUGUUUGACAGACCAGUGGCAGACAUGUUGGAGAGACCAGUGGCAGACAUGUUGGAGAGACCAGUGGCAGACAUGUUGGAGAGACCAGUGGCAGACAUGUUGGAGAGACCAGUGGCAGACAUGUUGGAGAGACCAGUGGCAGACAUGUUGGAGAGACCAGUGGCAGACAUGUUGGAGAGACCAGUGGCAGACAUGUUGGAGAGACCACUGGCAGACAUGUUGGAGAGGCUAGGGGCAGACAUGUUGGAGAGACCAGUGGCAGACAUGUUGGAGAGGCUAGGGGCAGACAUGUUGGAGAGACCAGUGGCAGACAUGUUGGAGAGACCAGUGGCAGACAUGUUGGAGAGACCAGUGGCAGACAUGUUGGAGAGACCAGUGGCAGACAUGUUGGAGAGACCAGUGGCAGACAUGUUUGAGAGACCAGUGGCAGACAUGUUUGACAGACCAGUGGCAGACAUGUUGGAGAGACCAGUGGCAGACAUGUUGGAGAGACCAGUGGCAGACAUGUUGGAGAGACCAGUGGCAGACAUGUUGGAGAGACCAGUGGCAGACAUGUUGGAGAGACCACUGGCAGACAUGUUGGAGAGGCUAGGGGCAGACAUGUUGGAGAGACCAGUGGCAGACAUGUUGGAGAGACCAGUGGCAGACAUGUUGGAGAGACCACUGGCAGACAUGUUGGAGAGACCACUGGCAGACAUGUUGGAGAGACCACUGGCAGACAUGUUGGAGAGACCAGUGGCAGACAUGUUGGAGAGACCACUGGCAGACAUGUUGGAGAGACCACUGGCAGACAUGUUGGAGAGACCAGUGGCAGACAUGUUGGAGAGACCAGUGGCAGACAUGUUGGAGAGACCAGUGGCAGACAUGUUGGAGAGACCAGUGGCAGACAUCUUGGAGAUUGAGUCCAGCUCUAACUGA